AUGGCGGACAGGCGCUUUACUCCCGCUUCCGCUCCGUUCCGCUGCUCCGUGACCUUCCGCCUGCACCAGGGAGGAGACAGGAGACACAAAUCCACAGUUCAGUAUGCUUCACGACCAGACCUUCCAAAGCUGGCUUACAGACAACUGAAAGGGAAGAGCCCAGGUGUGGUCUACCUCCCAGGAUAUGGCUCCAACAUGAACGGGCAGAAAGCUGAGGCACUGGAGAAGUUCUGUAGCUCACUAGGCCACUCAUACCUCAGGUUUGACUACACAGGACAUGGUGCCUCAGAGGGGGUGCUGGCAGAAGGAACCAUUGGUACCUGGAAAAAAGAUGUUCUUUUCAUGUUGGAUGAGUUAGCAGAGGGACCACAGAUACUGGUGGGUUCAAGUAUAGGUGGUUGGCUCAUGCUGCUGGCAGCUAUUGCACGACCAGAGAAGACCGCCGCACUGCUGGGAAUUUCCAGUGCCACUGAUCACCUUGUGACAUCGUUCAACUCUCUUCCUCUGGAGUCUCGUAAGGAGUUUGAGGAAAAGGGGGAGUGGACAGUGCCCAGCAAACACUCAGAGGAGGGUUUUUACAAGUUUAGCAUGGACUUUUUGCGUGAGGCAGAAAAUCACUGUGUGCUCCACAGUCCCAUUCCCAUCACCUGCCCCGUGCGGCUCAUUCAUGGGCUCAAAGAUGAGGAUGUCCCCUGGCACAUAUCCAUGCAGGUUGCAGAACGUAUCCUCAGUCCUGAUGUGGAUGUUAUCCUUCGGCGACAUGGCCAGCACCGUAUGUCUGACAAGGAUGAUAUCAAGCUCAUGGUCUACACUAUUGACGAUCUCAUAGACAAGCUGACUACUAUGGUUUGAGUAAGGAGGGGGGGGCUUUGAGAGGUUGUUGAACAAAGUUGAGAAGGACUGUGUUUGCUGGAAAGCCAAACAUCGAGAAAAUAACCAAACAUUGGUAUGUUUCUCUGCCAGAUAUGACCUUUCACCCAGCUCUGUUGUUCUCCCUGUAUAUCAUUUGUGAAAGUUGCAUUGAAACAGAGCUUACUGUAACUGACAUUUAUUCCUUUAUACGAUAUCUUUAUGUUGCAUUUGUAUGUGUUCCAGGCUAUUAUGUUGUGUUCCUCAGCCAUAAAUAGGUAUGCUAUUGCUGCCGUCUCUGCCACAGUUUUUCUCUGACUGUUUUCCCUUCCUCUUUGACCAGAUGCAUAGCUAUCUUGUGCCUUUUUUAAUCACUUUUCAAUUGUUUUGGCCAAUAAAACCUCUGCACGCAA